AACCCCAGAAUACUCGCUCUGGUCACACUGCUCCGCCAAUAGGACUGUGGGGGCGAAAAUAAAAAUAAGAAUAAUCAUGUCAACGCUGCAGCUGGAAUUUUCGCAGGCAAUGACCGACUUCAAGAAGAUGUUCCCGGACAUCGACCGCGAGGUGAUCGAGGCCAUCCUGCGGGCGAACCUGGGGGCCGUGGACCAGACCAUCGACGCCUUGCUGGCCAUGUCGAUUGACAACCAGAACGAGAAACUGCGCAAUGAACUGGAUGCUAAUGUCUCGCCCCAGCAGAGCCUCAUCAACCUGAACGACUCGGACAGAGACCUGCAGCUGGUGGACACCACGGACGGCGGCGGAGCGGGGGCAGUCGGAGCACCUGGAGCACCCGGUACCCUGCUACCGACAGCCGGUGCCUCGCCGAACCACCAGAACACGGGCGCCUCGCCCAAGCAGCGACCGCUGGGAGCGGCCAACAGCAAGGGAAGCAGCCAGAACAACACGCCCACCAAGCGCAGCCGACGCUGGAAUCCGCCCAUCCUGGGUCCCCUGCCUGCGGGCUUCCUGCGAAUCACGCCCGCUCCCGGGCAGCAGGACUUCGAGCUGCCGGACGAACAGUUCGCCCUGAUGCUGCAGAACGAGGAGUUCAUGAAUCAGCUGCGCUGGAAUCAGGACUUCAUGAACGCCCUGGAGAAGGAGCAGAGCGGCAAGGCCAAGGGCGAGGACGACGCACCCUUCCAGGAGCGGCUCAAGAACAUGGGCAAGAUGUCGCGCAAGAAGUUCCUGCAGAUGGCCCGUGUAUUCACCUGGCAGCGCAACAAGAAGGUGACCACGGCCAAGCAGAUAGACUCCUUGCCGCUGCGCGAGGAGCCCAGCGACGACGAGGAUCACCACCACCACCAGCGUGAUCAGCAGCAAGCGAGCCAGGCCAGCCAGCAGCAGGGUCAACUGCAGCUGCGCAAGUGAAGCGGAUCGUUCUGUUAUCUAAUCUCAACGGCCAUAACGUGACGAUCACGUGCGCUAGUAAUCUCCCCAGUCCCAAGUAAUCUCCAGGCAAGAACGAAAUCUCCUAUCCCAAUCUCAACACAAAGAUGCGUUGAUAUUACCCUAGUUUUAACCUUAAGUGCAAUUUUUACCCUACCGUGCAAUAUCCCCCAUAUAUUCCUUGUUUGUAUACGUUUUGUUUACCCUUUCGUUGUUGCCAAAUUAGCGUAGUUAAGUUUUAUGCAUUAUUUGUAAUCGAUACUAAGGCGGCCCCUUUUGAGCCGCGAUUGCUAGAGAGCCACACUCACUCACAUGUUCGACUGAUUAUAAAAAGCGUUAAUUAACAAGCAUCACACCACGAAUCGAAGGCGAGUCCCCCAGUAGAGCACUUUGCUUAGCCCAAAACCUAGUCAUGAAGCGGAACUCGAGCCACUUAUUGUACAGUAAUAGCAACUACCACGUAAUUCAGUCUUAAACUUCACCUUAUACAUUUUAACUGCUGACCGGCGCGUCGCCAGCUUCUGCGAAAAGCAUGAAUUAUGAUUGUAUAUCCCAACCCGCGAAUCUCUCGGAACUUGCAUACCAUAUCAGCUGUGGAUACAAUGCAGUUUUACUACUCCUACGCCCCAACUUAACUCCGAACCGAUCCUAUCGCAGAUCUUACUGUGGAUUAAUAUGCGUGCUAUAAACUAGCCAAAUAUUAUAAUUAUAAAGAUCAGCUAUUUGAUUGUAAUUGUAUAUGUAUAAAUAUUUGAAUAACAACCUUAUAUAACUAUUCCAAGUAUCAAAUACAGAUAUUUCCAAACUUUAAUAAAACUGUGUUGUGUUAUUCAUG